GCCACGUUUUCCACGCUGUCUGGUCUAAUCUGUUGUUACUUGGAAAGUGCAUAGCCUUGGAAAGUGCACCUGCUAUCUGAUCACCCUUUUAUAUCAUCACUGUCAUGUGUAUGUUGUAAAAGUGAUCACAUGUUAAAAGGCUCCUUUAAAUAUGCUUGGCCGUAUUAAAACAGGCCCAAGAUUUUAUAAUAAUGCUUACCACUGAACUGACUAAAAACGGUGCCUGCAACUCGCGGAUAUUGCGACACUUAGAUCAUCAGAGAAACAAAGCUAUGUAAUAAGAGGUGAUUAUGAUCUUUCUAUGGACAUAUUUCCCCUUUUAUCUUUCCAAAGGCAACAUUAGGCGGGAGCAUGCAAGUAAGUUUGAAAAUCCUGAUAAGUAUUAUGCUGUCGGCAGAAUUAACCGAUUUUCCCAUGCCGAUUCGUAGCGAACCACAAUUCAAUAUUGCAAGAAACAAAGGCUAUCCCAAGAUCAGCAUUGUGUCAACCCAGUUCUCUGAAGCACGAAUUGAGCAGGGCCAUGAAUCGGGUGAUGACGCUGCUGAAUAUCCCAGCAUUCGCAUUGCUCUGAAUGAUGAAGAAUCGGCCGAAAUAAGUCAGCCUUUGCCUUUGAACGAGUCCGUGCACGGUGUACUAGGUGAGCGGGAUGUCAAAAUGUAUGCGUCAAGGCUGCCGCCUUCGGGUGGAGGAGCUUUGAAGCUAUUUGUUCAGGCACGAGGUCGACCUGAACCAUCAGAAGCUGCGCCGCUAAUUGUCAGCGUCCGAACUCGUGAUGGAGGUUACACGUUCACCCUACCACAGCUCAACAAACGCGACACACAUCCCCAUGCGAGUCCAGAAGGCGACCACCCAGCGACAACUCAAUCGCCAAUAUCAGUGUACAGCAUGAGUGUGUCCCGUUUCAUGUGUCCCUCGGCGGGUGAGCGAGACGUCUGCUACGUGACGAUGGGAGUCGGCACCAGCGUCGGGCCUGACAUGGGUCACAUCGUCUACGACUACGACCUGCGCCUGAUGGAGCUGGAUGCAGACUUCUGGUACCUCGACACGAGCUCGUCACCGCGGGGCGUCCUAAUCACCCCCGUGAUGCCGGCGCUAUUCCAGUACCGCUGGCCGCUGGACCCUUCUGUGCAGACUGUGCGAGUAGCUGUGGCCAGUGGCGAGAGUCUCGACUGUACCGCCGACAACCGACCCUGUGUCGGAGAAGACUGUUCAGAAGAGAGCGAUGCCGACUCGUGCGCCUUCCUCGCAGUGCACAACCCCAUCUGCCCUCUGACGCUGACGCAGGCUGAUAUCCUUUCGUCGGCCUGGCACCUCUCCUUCACCAGGUGUGGUACCAUGGUGGUGCGGCGCAAGCAGUUCCCGGACGGCUUCUUCGUCUCCGUUCUGCUGAACAGCGACGAUCGGCCCUGCUGUCCCCGUGAUAGCUGCAGCAAAAAUAAAACCAUGACGCCGCGGCGCAAGGUCGUCCGCACUUCAGUCAUGAAGUACGAGGCCAACUUUCGGGCGGCCUCCGCACCGAGCGUGAUGGGUGCCUUCUUUAUUCUCAUCGGACUGUUGAGUGUCUGUCUGAGGCCCGUUCUUGCACGUGCUGCAAUAUCGAGCUCCUGGGAGCCAGUUGCAGUGGCGAAGGCAAUCUCAUCGCGCAUCCUGGGCCAACCAGACAUGGAGUCGUUUCCUCAUGGUCUCGAGCUACAUGAAAACGAAGAGUCAGACAUAGGCGUGGUGCUGGACACAAGUAAGCCUCAUCCGGGAGACUACACCCCCUAUCACAAGUCGGGGCUGAAGGCGGAGUCGGCUACUGUUGCAAGCAGCGGCAAAUCGCCGUCUGAUGCUGGUGGCAUUAGCCACAGUAAUAGCUGGCCAUCUAACGUCAAUCCCAGCGUAGUAGACCAACGGAAGACAGAGGUCAGUAAUGCUAGUGGCAAAGGUACAUCUUACAAAGGCAACAGUGCUCUAAGUCCCAUUGCCAGCCUGCAGGAGCAGCCAGAUGCAGGAGCUGCCGGUCCCAUGGGCAGUCUGAAAUCAGAAAUAGACUCUCCACAGCACAUUAACAGGACAUGGAGCCCACUCGCAAGUGACGAUGCGCAUGCUACAGUGCAGGUCAAGAGAUACAAAGCACCCAUCGCGGCUGAAACGGUGAGGUAUGGGGAUCGUCGGGCGACGGAGCCCACAUACGUACACUUUAGUGGAACCUCGGAUCCGGAGAAGGGCACCAGCACCCGCCGCACCACGGGAAACUCGCUGCAGGUCCCCGGGCGUGAGACGGCUCCGGAGACCACGGCACGAGUCCCGAAUACAGUCGUUCUGAACCCCGUGAGUCUGCAGCUGACAUGUGCGCUCCUGAUCGCCGCGUUCGGGAUUAGCAACGUGGCCAUCGACGUAGCCGCCGAGCGGCGCACCGGCAACUUCGACCGCUGCUACCGCAACGACCUGUGCUGCCACAACGGCCAGGUGAUGCCCGACCUCAACCACCUGCUCUCGAACGUGCCGUACAUCGGUGCUGGCAUCGGCUUCCUGCUGGCCGUGUACGCCCAGUGGCACGUUUACGAGAUAGCUGGCGACCACGGCCGUGGCGUGCCGCGUGGAGUGCCGCACGACUUCAACAUGUUCACGACGAUCGGCGCCGCGCUGGCCAUCGAGGGCGUCACUAGCGGCCUGUACCACGUCUGUCCCAACAACCGCAACUCGCACAUCGACUUCUUCUUCAUCUACUACCUGUGCGCGGCGAUGGGCGCCAAGCUGUUUCAGACGCGUCGCGGAGUGACGACGCGCUUCCACUACACGCCGGCACUGCUGGUGGCCACCAUCACGCUGCUCGGCUCACUGCAGCAGGUGCCCGGCAUGACGCCGCACUCGUGGCAGCUGGCCGUGGUGCUCACACACUUCAGCAGCUCGUUUUUGUGGGCGGCGCAAAUGUACCUGACCGGCCACGUCGGCCUGUUUGUGCCCUGGUGCUGGGAGAUCACAUCAGACCUGCGCACGAGGCGACUGGCCGCCGCGCAUAUCAUCCUGAACGGCGGCCUGGCGCUCUGGGGUCUGUUCUGGCCCGAUUCCGGCAGUGACGUGUUCCACUCCAGUACGUACGCGCUGCUGUAUUUCUCACUCAACUCAGGUAUGUAUGUGUUCUACUACAUGAUCAUGAAACUGGUCGUCUGCCGGGAGCGGCCGCCUGGUCUCUCGGUGUUCAAUAUCCUAGUAGGCAUCGCCAGCGCAGUGCCAGCGCUAUACUUCUUCGUCAUUCGUAAAUCCUACAACACCAACGAGUCGCCGGCACUGUCGCGCACCGUCAACCACCCCUGUGUCAUGUUUGACUUCUACGACGGCCACGACAUCUGGCACUUUCUGUCAGCGUCAGCGCUCUUCUUUCUGAUGCUGGGAGUGCUGACACUGGACGACGAUCUUCUGGCUACCCCGAGAGACAGGAUUCCGGUGUUUUGAGCUCAGAGUGGCUCAGAGUGAGACACUUCGAGUGGCUGAUUAUUGUGCUUGUCUCUAAUAAGCUCUUCUUCUUGAUCCCCGACGACGCACUGUGAUUUAUCACUUCGAUCCACCUGUUACAUGUCUUACUGUCAUGUUGUGCGAUUAUGCUUUCAGAGGUAAUCAGCUAAUAUAAAUAUGUAGCAAAAUAAA